AUGAAGCUCCUGUCUCUCGCUCUUCUUGUCGCCUCCACCAGCGCCGCAGCCCUCGAAGCUCGUGGCGGCGACUAUGACUACAAAUGCCCUACUGUUACCACCACGGCCUAUAGCUACUACACCAACUAUGUCACUGUCACCAAGACCGAUAUCUCCUAUGUGACUACCACUGCCACAGCUUAUGUCACCGGUCAUGGUGGUGGAAUGGAUUGA